CUCACAGUCAGUUAUGGUCGUUUGAAGUUUGAAGGUAAUAAACUGUUAUACAGUUUUCAAAUUAAGUUAAAACGUUUAUUUUUUGUUUAAAAAAUAACAAUAAUAAUAAUAAGUCGUGCAAAUGGAAAAAGAAGAUGAAAAGCAAUCAGAAACAAAACCGGCAGAGAACGAUUUAUUCCGCGAUGUAAGGCUUGGAAAAUUAAGGGAGGUCGGAAGUCAAUCAAUCUGGUCGUUAUCUUCCUGUAAACCCGGCUUUGGUGUGGAUCAGCUAAGGGAUGAUUUAUUAGACACGUACUGGCAGUCGGACGGUGGUCUGCCGCAUCUUGUAAGCAUACAGUUUAGGAGAAAGACGACGGUGUCGGACGUCUGCAUAUACACUGAUUUUAAACUCGACGAAAGCUACACGCCGUCCAGGGUGUCGAUCAGAGCCGGUACGAGCUACAACGACAUACAGGAGAUUGAAGUACUCGACCUGCACGAGCCGGCAGGUUGGAUCGUCAUACCGGUCAAGGACGCCAAAGCGAAACAGCUGAGGACGUUCAUGAUACAGAUUGCGAUAAUGAGCAACCACCAAAAUGGGCGGGAUACUCACAUCAGGCAGAUCAAAAUCCACUCGCCCGUAGAGCGAUCGGGCCUGAUGCCGCUUGCCGAUUCACAAGCGAACUUUCAAACGGUCAAUUUCUUACAAUACAGUUGUAUUCGAUAAGCAUUAAUUUUUAUACACAGAUGAGUUAAACGUACCAUUUUUUGUAUCAUACAAAUUUAUAUUGCUUGAUAACCAUUUUAAAAGUUGUAUUUAAUUUUUUAAAAAAAAUCUAUAUAUAUAUUAUAAAACGCUAAAGACAAUUAAACUGUAAAUUGUUUGGUCUGA